GUUGUUCUUGACAGCAAAGCAGAGUGUUUAUCAUUUGUUUUUGGUGUGCACCAUCAGUAUGGCAGGUGAGGAUGGAGGGAAAUGCAGAUCACACCAGGCUGCAGCAGUUGUACUUCUCAUGUGCACUUUGGUCCCAUGUCUACCUUGUUUUAGCUUGAGAUUGCUGGACAAGAGAGCAAACGUCACUGAGGCAGCAAUGAUAGCAGUAAGGACAGGAAGGAUUAUCUUUAACAUGACAGAUAUUAACCAAAUGUCAGAAACUGCCUCUACAAGAAACCCUGGAGUGCUACAAGAAGUAGUUGGCACAGAGAGGCCAGAGCACUAUCUGGAAAGAGAGCCGAAGAAUGCCUUGUCUGGGGAGACAGCAUGGAGUCGCCUGGACUCCUCAUUGCAAUGCAGUAGUGACAAGAUGAAAUUAAAUGCAGUGGGGCUUGGAGCCUUUUACUUGCAACUAGAUAUGGGUAAUGCACCUCCCCUGCCACUAAGCCAGGUUCCUCAAGGUUGUGGUUACAGUCUGCAGCAGAACUCCUCUGGUCUCAUUUUGGAGGCACCAUAUGAUGGCUGUAAUAUGAAACAAGAGAGUGGUAAUUAUGUGUUGUCCCUACGUUGGCAAGAGACUCCGGUCAAACUGAUGUGCCCCAUAUUGACUGCUUCUGAUGCAACAACUCCACUUUUGACUACCGCUAUGCCUGCUGAUAAACCCAGGAAUCCUUCCCGUUGGGAAGCUAAUAGGAAGAUGCACAUGAUCAGACCCCGAUCAAGCAGGAAUCGUAGAUAUGUUCAUCCCAACUCCUAUUUCUAUAACCCCUAUAUGUAUUACUACUAUCUAAUGUAUGCAGCCUCUACAACAACGAUAAAGCCAGCGACUACAACUACAACCACCAAGUCACCCGGUCCCUUAAUAGAUCCCAAUCAUCCUUACUAUCACUACUACAUGGCCUACUACAACUACUUGAAACAGUUUUAUAAUUUGACAGCGACUACAACUUCUAAACCCACCAAUGGCUCAAAAGGAACCACUACUUCCCGGCCAUUACCAGACAAAGCUCAGAUUUACUAUAACCCAACUAUUAACAAUUACUAUGGUCAGCCUCCAUACCCUACAAAGACUACCACCACGCAGAGUAAGACUACAACUUCCACGAAGACUAGUAAAGCUACUAUCACCACGAAGUUUACAAGCCCUGCAGCUGACUUUGUUCCUUUCGAUAAGGACCCCUUCAUUCCAGUCGUUCAAUUCAGACAGAGUGUGAAUGCAGAGAACAACCAGAAACUCUCUCCUUCGGCCACUUACAGAUCUGGAUUCUCCUCUCAAGAAGACCCUAGUUCGGUCCACAACUACUGGCAAGAUUUGCUUAAGUUUCCUCAACCCAUGGACCAAAAAGAUCCUUCUAAAAUUGACUGGAAAUCUUUGAUCAACACCUUUGGCCAUUAUGACUAACUAAACUUGCUAGGGUUCACCCAAUAGUGUCUGAAUACAUGUAUUAACAACAAAAGCAACUUCAAUUUCUCUGCAUAAAUCUUGUCUUUCAGAAAUUGUUGCUUUGAGUAUUGUCAAUAAAUAUAUUUUACUUAGAA